AUGGCCGUCCCCGCGAUGGCCCCUCAAGGACUCUCACAACCCCUCCUUGUACGAAUAGAGGCCCAGAAAAGAGCUUCAGAAGUCCCUGGCUCGCCCAAGCCGCCCUACAUGGAGAAGCUCCCUUUGAUUCAAUAUCAGAGGGUGAUCGCCAUCUUCUUUGAUACGGCCCACGCCGUCCUAUUUUCAGUUGUCCGAUAUCAUCCCGCUUUGAGAAGCUUUGUCGCGAAGUGCUCUAAACUCAAAGCUGCCCACAUGAGCCGGCAUUACCCCUCAGAAUGUUUUAUAUCGGACGACGCUGCCAACGUCAAGACUGCGCAGAGAAGAGAACUUGGUCGAAUGUUCAUUCAGAUCACAGGCUGA